AUGGCAAACGUCUUCAGUCUCCGGGGCCAAGCCCUCAAGCUCGACACCGCCGCCGACAUCGCCAAACACAUCAAACCCCUCGAGGACAACCCCGAUGUCGAGGAGGUCCACCUUGAGGGCAACACCAUCGGUGUGGAAGCCUCAGAAGCUCUCGCCAAAGUUCUCGAAACCAAGAAAACCCUCCAAUACGCCAACCUCGCCGACAUCUUCACCGGUCGUCUCCUCGCAGAAAUCCCACAAGCACUCGACUCCCUGCUGAAGGCACUGCUCAAAUGCCCAAACCUGCACACGAUCAACCUCAACGACAACGCUUUCGGUCUGAAUACUGUCGAACCCCUCCGUCCGUUCCUCAGCCAGCACACGCCGCUGCAGCACCUCUACCUCAACAACAAUGGCUUGGGCCCAGCAGCCGGAACGCUGGUCGCUGAAGCCCUCGUUCAACUCGCAGACAACAAGGCCAAGGCACGAAAAGAGGGCAAGGAAGUUCCAAAUCUCGAGACCGUGGUAUGUGGGCGAAACAGAUUGGAGACAGGUAGCAUGGCGGCUUGGGUAAAAGCAUACACAGCGAACGACAAGGUCAAGACGGUCAAGAUGGUGCAGAAUGGUAUCCGACAAGAAGGAAUUGCUACGCUGCUGCAGCAUGGCCUUUCCAACUGCAGCGAACUGGACACUCUGGACCUGCAAGACAACACCUUCACAGCCCCCGCCGCAAAGACAUUGUCAACCGUGGUGCCGAGCUGGAAAGAGCUGCGUGAUCUUGGUGUGGGCGAUUGUCUUCUCUCAGCUCGCGGUGGCCGAUAUCUGGGGGAAGCUCUCGCGAAGAAGGGAAACAAGAAGCUGGAAGUGCUUCGACUGCAGUACAACGAGAUCGACAGCAAGGGACUCAAAGCGCUCUCCGACGCUGCUUCUUCAAGCUCCGCCCUGCCACGACUUCGAAGGGUGGAACUGAACGGCAACAAGUUUGCCGAGGAUGAUGGCAGCAUCGAGACUCUCAGGGAACUACUCGACAAGCGGAAAGAGGACGGCGAGGAGAAGUACCCCGGUGUGGACGAGGAUGACGAGGAUCUGUGGGGUCUUGACGAACUGGAUGAGCUGGAUGACGAGGAUGAAGAUGAGGAAGAUGAGGGUGAAGCCGAGGAGGAAGCUGAAGAAGAGCAGAUCCUCAAGGAUGCAGAUGCCGCCGAAAACGAGCCUGUCGCUGGAAAGAAGGACAAGGAUGUCGACGAUUUGGCCGAUGCUUUGGGCAAGACAGAGCUCAAGUAA